CAGCUGAAUGAAGUUCAGCGGAUCUGAGGAAUUUUACGCCCCGGCGGAUUCACAUUAAACUCUUUCUUCGCUUCGCUAAUCCAUGGAGCCUGUGCCAAGCGACUGGAUAAUCAUGACACGGUGUUUUGGCUGUAUGUCGUCUUGAGUUUGUAUUGUGUUACGUAGAGUAACAGGUUUAUUGAGGCGCUCCGGUUUAAACAUUUCAGCAUGAUAAAAACCUACUAUUGACUACGUUUUUACAUUUACACGUCACCAAAUUAUUGCAGGAUACCUGUGGAUUUUUGGAGAACAUGUAACCUUCAUGAUUUGCUUGGCCGUGCAUUUCAUUAGAUGGGGUCUCGUGAGUUUGAUGUACAGCGCAGUCAAUGGGAUGUCAGUCAGACUAGAAAACAUUUAGGGCACAUACAGACACUGUAAACGCAGCUCAUUGCCUAGACCUGCUUUGGAAAUGUCGGCGAUAUCUGCGUCCGAGAAAGUGGAUGGAUUCACGAGGAAAUCGGUGAGGAAGGCUCAGAGACAGAGGAUUUCUCAGGGCUCGUCUCAGUUCGCGGCGAACAGCAGCAGGCCUGCGGCUCCGGAGAUCUCUGCGCUCCCGCAGCUCAAAGAUGCAUCCUCCACAGAGCAGCAUGAGCUGUUCAUGCAGAAAUUACAGCAGUGUUGCGUAAUAUUCGACUUCUACGACACGGUGACUGACCUAAAGUGUAAAGAGACCAAACGGGCCACUCUCAGUGAACUCGUGGAAUAUGUGUCCACUAACAGAGGCGUUCUGGUGGAGCCUGUCUACCCUGAGAUCACCAACAUGGUUAGCACAAAUAUUUUCAGAACGCUUCCACCCAGUGACAACCCAGACUUUGACCCAGAAGAAGAUGAACCCACUCUAGAAGCCUCCUGGCCUCACAUGCAGUUGGUGUACGAGUUUUUCCUUAGAUUCCUAGAAAAUCCAGACUUCCAGCCAAGUACUGCCAAACGUUACAUUGACCAGAAGUUUGUGCUACAGCUCUUAGAACUGUUUGACAGUGAAGAUCCUCGUGAGAGAGAGUUUCUAAAAACGAUUCUUCAUCGCAUCUACGGGAAGUUUCUGGGUUUGCGUGCCUUUAUUCGGAAACAGAUCAACAACAUUUUUCUGAGAUUCCUCUAUGAAACUGAGCACUUUAAUGGAGUUGCUGAAUUCCUUGAGAUUCUGGGCAGUAUCAUCAAUGGCUUCGCUCUGCCGCUGAAAGCUGAACACAAGCAGUUCCUCAUGAAGAUCCUCAUUCCCCUGCACACUGCCAAAGGACUAGCACUGUUCCAUGCACAGCUGGCCUACUGUGUGGUUCAGUUCUUAGAAAAGGACCCGACCCUCACUGAAGUGGUGGUUCGUGGCCUUCUGAAAUUUUGGCCAAAGACAUGUAGUCAGAAAGAGGUCAUGUUUCUAGGAGAAAUCGAAGAGAUCCUGGAUGUUAUUGAACCCACUCAGUUCAAGAAGAUCCAGGAGCCUUUAUUUAAGCAGAUCUCUAAAUGUGUAGCCAGCCCUCAUUUUCAGGUAGCAGAACGAGCACUGUACUUCUGGAACAAUGAAUACAUUUUGAGUCUAAUCGAGGAGAAUAAUGCCAAAAUCCUUCCCAUCAUGUUUGGAAACUUGUACCGGAUCUCCAAAGAACACUGGAACCCGACGAUCGUAGCCCUGGUGUACAAUGUAUUAAAAACACUGAUGGAGAUGAACAGCAAACUGUUUGAUGAACUGACGGCCUCAUACAAAUCUGACAGACAGCGAGAGAAGAAGAAAGAGCAGGAGCGUGAGGAACUGUGGAGGAAGCUGGAUGAACUAAGACUGCAAGAGACAUCAGCCAUCCAGAAUAACAGGCAUGAGAUGCAGUUCACCUACAGCAACAAUAACAACAACAACAACAACAACAACCUUCACAAUAAGGAUGAAAACACAGCAGCAACCAUUACUGACAGAAGCGAGAGCGACACCUGGGCCAAAUGACACUGCCCUCUUUCUUUACUCAGUAUUUUGCUGGUUUACAAAUGUAAACCAGUCUAGAGAGCAGUAAAGGAUAUGGACCUUAAGCAAUAAUCUUUACAUUUUUGGAAGAACUUUUCUUUUUCCGAAAGCCUAUAUAAAACUAAAUCAAAAUGCUAUUUUCUCCUGGUAAAGGAUAAUAUAUUUUAUGUAAGUAAGUCUAUUUUGGAUGUAAAGUGUGGUUAUAGUAAAUUAUACAUUUUUGUCUAAUCAAAGAUGUAGGGUUUUCACCUACACUGCAAAAAAAAUCUCUUAAAAGGUACACUAUAUAACUUUUGGCCCACUAGCGGUUAAAAAAACUGCUUGCAUUUUGCGGAAGAACAUUGUUUUGGUUGUGCUUUGGCUCUGCGUGACUGUGCGGAUGAAUAUGGUUAUCCUACUGCUCAUAAAACAUUCACUAUAGGCUUAAGAGAUGUAACAAGUUUAGAUGAAAAGGAUCUCAAGCUGCCUAGCUGAAGACGUUACUGUAGCUUUACCCAUUAAUAGACACGGUACUUCCUUGAAAAUAAAGCACUGCAACAAGCAUAAUGAAAUGAUCCUUCAAUGAACUCUGUUAGAGCUACAUGUGGCAAUUUAUCUGUUCAAUAAAUUGUCUUUCUCACCUGUUGAGUAAUAAAAACGGCAUCUCUGCGUCGCUUUUACAACAUUUCAAAUCCUUCACUUUUCUCCAUCUCCGAAAGCCAAGCCAAUGUUGAUUCUUGUUUUAUUACGAGCUCUGUUGCAUUCUUGUUUUGCUGGCAAAGCAAAAAUGUGACCGAACUCGUAAUAAAACCUCAACUAGGGUCAGCACAACUCUCUUUUAAAACGGGUGAUUAACCGGAGGCUCAAGAUUCAGCUUUUCCAUGUCAACCUUUCUCGCUCGUUGUGACAACUAACACACUAUACAUCCAUUAAUGUAGCCGGAGCAACUUUUCUCUUUUUACGGAUAUGAUGAGACACACGGGUUAGUGACUCGUGUUCGCAGUUUCCUGCGAAAACCAUCCCACCCGGUCUGAAACAUAAAUGCUUAUAAUAGACUUACCAUAGUAAAUCAGGGUCAAACAAAAACAUGUUUUGGAAAAAGGACUGAUGAUGUAUUGACUCAUUAUUUAAAUUUAGUUACUUUGUGAACAAAAAAAGUUAAAUAGUGUACCUUUAAGGUGUGGUCACAUGUACGCAACAAAUUUCAGUUUCAAUAGGAAUUGGAAAUUUUGUGCGAGGACGAAAGAUUUCCCCAUGGAUUUUUCGCUAAUGUGACCGCACUUUAAAUAAGAAAUAAUAGUAAUAAUACUGACAAUAGAAAAUAUUUUUUUAGCAGUGAAGGCUAUAUUUAGAGACAUGAGUGAGCUUUAAAAAUUAAAUGUCUUUAGUUUUUUAAUAGUCUCAAAUGCAAAAAAAAAAAAAAAACGCAAAUACUACCAUAAAUUGUGAGUUGUUACUAUAAAUGUGACCUGAGAUAAAUAUUAAUGUUUGAUGCCUAUAGUUCACAUGAUACUCACACCCUGGAAGUGUCAAAAAUUAGCCUUAGAAAUGCAAAAAGUGAAACUCCUGCUAUUUAAGGAAGCGCAAAUGUAGUGAACCUGGUCAGAAAACCCUGUCCAAGUGUGAGAACAUACAUUGUUUUGUUUUGUUUUUUUUUUUGUUUUUUUACAAUUCAAGCAGAAUCUGCCUGAUGCAUGAAAUCUGCAUUGAAAAAGUGCAUCUGUUUAUUAUCUUUUCUUUUUAUUUUUGUGGAAGUUUCAUUUGUUUCCCUCAUAAUACCAGCCUUCGCAUUUAAAAUGAAACAUCUUGUGUUUUGUAUCAUUUGGGUUCCCUGGCUAUGCAUUUUGCUUGUUGGGAUUAAAACAAACGGAUACUAAUUCUAACUUAACUCAGGGAUAACUAACACUCCCCACAUAUAAUAAGAAUGAUGACAAAGAUUUUUGUUGUUGUUGUUUAUUUUUUCAAAAUAGAAUAAUAUGUUUAAUGAACCUAUAUAUAAACAAUAUUAUAAAUGAGACUCACUGACAUUCCAUUCAACAUUCAAUUUUUGUUUUGCUUCAACCAAAUAUGGUCUCAUUGCUAUGCAGUAUGUUGGGUUUUUUUGCUGUAAGAAUGUGUAAAAUAACCUUGUUGUAAUGUGCUAUCCUGCAUUAAAAUGCCAGACUGCUGUUUA